AUGGGUUGUGGAGCAUCCUCGCCAAUGCCAAUAGGCAAUCUACCCAACGAACGUUCAUCAUUAUUACCAACAUCAUCUACUACAUUAAAUCAACAAUUAGAUUUAAAUCAAAAUCCAAAACGAGAUCGUAGUCGAAUCGUAGUACCUUUAGAUGAACUUGUUCAAAAUUUUCUUCUUGUAUGGUUGGAUGAAAAAUUCGAUGAAUCAGUAGACGAUUAUGGUCAUUCAAUCAAACAGCUACGACGUACCGUUAAUAGGAUUGAAACAUUCUGCGAAACUGAUGAAUGUAUCGAGUAUAUACUACAACUUCAAAACCAAAAAAUACUUCUUAUUAUUUCUGGUGCCCUAUGUGAAACUGUUGUGCCACGCGUUCAUAAUAUGACACAACUCUAUUCAGUUUAUGUAUUCUGUCAAAAAAAAGAAAAAUAUGAAGAAUGGGGAAAAGACUGGUCCAAAGUGAAAGAUAUCAAAGAGAAAACUCUCCCUCCGAAUCAUCCCGACUUGGCUACUUCCUACAGUAACAUCGGUAAUGUGUAUAAAAACAUGGGCGAGUACUCGAAAGCACUUUCAUCGUACGAACGAUCACUUGAAAUCCGAAAAAUAGCUCUCCCUCCGAAUCAUCCCGACUUGGCUACUUCCUACAACAACAUCGGUAUGGUGUAUGAUAACAUGGGCGAGUACUCGAAAGCACUUUCAUCGUACGAAAGAUCACUUGAAAUCCGAAAAAUUGCUCUCCCUCCGAAUCAUCCCGACUUUGCUCAAUCCUACAACAACAUCGGUGUAGUGUAUAAAAACAUGGGCGAGUACUCGAAAGCACUUUCAUCGUAUGAACGAUCACUUCAAAUCCGAAAAAUAGCUCUCCCUCCGAAUCAUUCCGACUUGGCUACUUCCUACAACAACAUCGGUAUGGUGUAUGAUAACAUGGGCGAGUACUCGAAAGCACUUUCAUCCCACGAACGAUCACUUGAAAUCAAAAAAAUAGCUCUCCCUCCAAAUCAUCCCGACUUGGCUUCUUGCUACAACAACAUCGGUUUGGUGUAUGAUAACAUGGGCGAGUACUCAAAAGCACUUUCAUCGUACGAGCGAUCACUUGAAAUCCGAAAAAUAGCUCUCCCUCCGAAUCAUCCCGACUUUGCUCAAUCCUACAACAACAUCGGUUUGGUGUAUGAUAACAUGGGCGAGUACUCGAAAGCACUUUCAUAUUACGAAAAGGCGCAAGAUAUAUGGAAAAAAUCACUACCUACAAAUCAUCCAUAUAUUGCACUUGUGAAAAGAAACAUUGAAAAUGUAAAAAAGAAAAUGUAA